AUCAAUAAACUAUAGAAGCCAUAUAGUUUUGCAUCAUAGAAAGUUUCAGAUAUUUUGGCUUUGAAAUUGCCAAAUUGCCUAUAAGCAAGCAAAGAUGGUGAAAUAGGGUCAUACCAUUAGACAAAUACCUGCAACAAAUGAGACAGUAUGGAACCAUCUUACUACAUCUCAAAAACCCUCCAUUAUUUAACCUUCCUUCAAUUCCUCUUACUAAAAACUGUUCUUGCAGACUCUGAACCCAAUUAUUUCUACACAAUCUGUGACAAAAAUGGCAACUACACAAAAAACAGCAUAUAUCAGAACAACCUCAACCAUGUCCUUUUAGAUCUGGGUACACAAACCGCCGGAACCAGUUUCCACAACUCCACUAGUGGGGAAACCCCUGACAAAGCCUAUGGCAUGUUCUAUUGCAGAGCAGAUAUUGAUCCUGCAUUGUGCCAAUCAUGUGUACAAUCAGCGAAAAAACAGAUUGUAAAUGUCAACUGUACAAACCAGAAAGAAGGAGUUAUUUGGUAUCAGGAAUGCACUCUUAGGUACGCAAACAGACCGCUCAACUCUCUAUAUGAGGUCGAUCCUCCUACUUCUCAGGCGUUCAGUCAGUCUAGUGUAUCCGACCCCAUUCAGUUUCAACAAGUAGUGACAAAAACUAUGAACAAUCUUGUUCAGAAAGCAGCUAAAAACAACACUUACAAUGGUUAUGCAACAGCAGAAACUGCUGUUAUUCCCCUACCACCAACUAACACACUUUAUUCUCUUGUUCAAUGCACACCUGAUAUAUUUGGUCUACAGUGCGAGAAAUGCUUGCUUGGUCUGUUGAAAUAUAUAAAUGUUAAUGCUCCAAAUUCUACAAUGGUUAUGUUUUUCCGGUCUAAUUGUCAGAUGAGGUACGAUUCAGUACCUUUUUACUCAAAACUGUCUUUGCUGCCAAUCCCGUCAAGCCAACAACCUUCGCAAUCUCUCAGUAAUAAGGACAUACAGAACAUGGAUCAAAACAGGGCAGGCAAAGGCAUACUGUUUUACACAAUAAUAUCAGUUGUUCCAGCUGCUGGUUUAAUAUUGUUGUUUCUCUGCAUUAUUGCAUUUUGUGUGUAUAGGAGGAGGAAGAAACAGUCGACCCCUACAGCUGCAGCUGUUGGAAAAGGUCAUCUCAAAGAUGGCAAUGGUGAUGAUUCAAAAACCCAACAUUCAAACAGCUCAGAAUCCUUGCAAUACAACUUCGAAACAAUUAAAUCUGCAACAGGGAACUUCUCCAUUGAUAACAAACUCGGCGAAGGUGGGUUUGGGUCUGUUUACAAGGGAACGCUUCCAGAUGGCCAGGAAAUGGCUGUUAAGAGACUCUCUGAAUACUCCGGUCAAGGUCUCAGAGAAUUUACGAAUGAAGUCGAAUUGUUAGCCAAGCUUCAACACAAAAACCUUGUCAAUCUUUUGGGAUUUUGCGUGGAAAGCGAAGAAAAGUUGCUUGUUUAUGAAUUUGUGUCCAACUUGAGUCUGGAUAAGUUUCUAUUUGAUCCAAACAGGCGCAAGUACUUGGACUGGAAAACAAGGUUCAAAAUCAUAACUGGAAUUGCAAGAGGACUUUUGUACCUUCAUGAAGAUUCUCGCAUCAAAAUUAUACACCGGGAUAUGAAAAUAAGCAACGUUUUGUUGGAUGAAAAGAUGAACCCAAAGAUAGCAGACUUUGGAACUGCAAGGCUUAUGAACAUUGACCAUACACAGGCAAAUACUUCAAAAGUUUGUGGCACAUUUGGAUAUAUGGCUCCAGAAUAUGCAGCAGUGGGAGUAUUCUCUACCAAGUCAGAUGUCUAUAGUUUUGGACUAAUGCUUUUGGAAAUCAUAAGCGGGCAAAACAAUAAUUUAUUUCGAUCACAAGGGAAGGGCAGCCUUAUAAGCCAUGCGUGGAAACUUUGGAACACAAGGACUACAAUGGAGCUAGUUGAUCCAUCACUAGGAAACAACUAUUCCGAAAUUGAAGUCCUAAGAUGUAUCCAAGUAGGGUUAUUUUGUGUACAAGUAGACCCUUCAAGUAGACCAGGAAUGGAAUCAGUCCUCCUCAUUCUUCAAAACAACUCCUCCGAUAUCCAAUUUCCAUCGCCCUCUUCCUCAGUUUCAUAUGACACGAGUGUGCCAGGUGAACAAAUACAAAUUACAGGAGAACAAGAUGGAUUCCGAAGUCAGGAAAGUAACAUGUACCCGCGUUAACAUUCUCAAGUCGGACAUAAACACACACACAAAAAUUGUUUUGUAAUUUAUACAUUGAUAUGGUUUAGAUAUAAGUUGUAUAGUUUUAUACAUGGAGUUGUAUACAAGCUUCUUUUUAUUAUUAUUAUCUUCAAGUUAAUUGAUUAUGUUUAAGUUGAAACAUGAAACCAACAAUACAACCACUUUUAGUAUCAACAUAUAAUAUGUC